AUGGAUGGUCGGAUCGACGACGAUGACGGCAAUCUUUUAGGAUCAUUCACCGCAUCCCCUCCACCACGCCCAAAUUUUCACUGUUACAGUGAAAAAUCCAGAGUCUCACCAAACCACGACGAUGAACAAGAACACCAUAACAGAAAUCGGAAGUUCAGUCUGGACGAAGACAGUGGCACCACUCGCACCCCUAAAAUAUUCGACAGAUUCUACGAUUCAUCCUCCGACGAUGAAUUCUACUCCGCCGGCAGUGCCAAUUCUGAAACUGGUCUUGUCAAAAACGCCGGCAAGCGGCUGGAUUACAUGAUUCAAUUCCUCGACCGAAAGUUCUCGUUGUCAGACGAAACCGGCACCGAUAACAAUCGAGCUCUGCCGGAGUUCGUAGCCGACGGCGGUGGCAAGGGAAUAUUCAAAGUUCCGGUCCGCGCCGCGGUUCAUCCCGGCCGACCACCUAGUCUCGAAUUGAGGCCACAACCGAUCAGAGAUACCCAAAUUGGGUGUUUUUUGAGAACUGUUGUCUGUACGGAUGACUCACAACUGUGGGCGGGGUCGGAAUGCGGAGUGAGGCUUUGGAAUUUGUCGGAAAUGUAUUCGUCCGAGCGGGGAAUGGAAACGAAGGCGUCACAGGCCCCAAGUGGCGACGAGGAAGCCGCGCCGUUUCAUGAAUCGGUGCGUACUUCGUCGACGCUGUGCUUGAUUGCGGAUUCGGGGAAUAGGGUUGUGUGGAGUGGGCACAAGGAUGGUAGCAUUAGGUGUUGGAAAAUGGAUCAGUGCUUUGAUGGAACUCCUUUUAAAGAGGCCCUUCAAUGGCAGGCUCAUCGCAGCCCUGUUCUUUCCAUUGUUAUGACUUCUUACGGGGAUCUAUGGUCAGGAUCUGAGGGUGGUAUAAUAAAGAUUUGGCCGUGGGAAGCCACGGAAAAAUCUCUUUCUCUAACACUAGAAGAAAGGCACAUGGCUGGAUUGUUGAUAGAAAGGUCAUACAUUGACCUUAGAAGCCAAGUUACCGUCAAUGGCAACUGCUGUAACAUAUUUGCUGCAGAUGUUAAGUACAUGUUUUCUGAUCAUUCCGGAUCAAAAGUUUGGAGUGCCGGAUAUUUGUCAUUUGCGUUGUGGUAA